CGGAACGUGUUUAAAUCGGACCGGACAUCUAUAACGCGAUUCACUUCGUUGAUGAUCUCAGCUUGCCGGGAGUAGACUCUCUGUGCCGAAGGGCUUUGUGCAGCAUUGAGAGAUGCCCAAAAAGAAGACAGGAGCUCGCAAGAAAGCGGAAAACCGCAAGGAGAGAGAGAAGCAGAGUCGUGCCAACAGGGAACAUGUGGAUGUCGCAAAGCACCCUUGCAAUGCUGCCAUGGAAUGUGACAAGUGCCUAAGACGCCAGAAGAACAGAGCCUUCUGCUACUUCUGUGCUGCUGUGCAGAAGCUACCCAUGUGUGCACAAUGUGGAAAAACAAAGUGUAUGAAGGCUUCUGACUGCGUGAUUAAGCACCCUGGGGUCCAUAGCACUGGUCUGGCCAUGGUGGGGGCGGUAUGUGACUUUUGUGAAGCCUGGGUCUGCCAUGGGAGGAAGUGCCUGAGCACCCACGCCUGCACAUGCCCUCUUUCAGAUGCAGACUGCAUUGAGUGUGAAAGGAGUGUCUGGGAGCAUGGGGGACGGAUAUUCCGCUGCUCUUUCUGUCACAACUUUUUGUGUGAGGACGAUCAGUUUGAGCAUCAAGCUAGCUGUCAGGUUUUGGAGGCGGAGACGUUCAAAUGCAUCUCCUGCAACCGCCUAGGACAACACUCUUGUCUCCGCUGCAAGGCAUGCUUUUGUGAUGACCACACUCGAAGUAAAGUCUUCAAACAGGAAAAGGGCAAAGCGCCUCCCUGCCCAAAAUGUGGCCAUGAAACCCAGGAAACCAAAGACCUCAGCAUGUCCACCCGCUCUGUGAAGUUCGGCCGUCAGAGCGGCGCAGACGAGGGUGAUGGAGCCUCUGGGUACCACUCCUACUGGAAGAGCAUCGCGUCCGGAGGAGGCGGGGAGCAGGAAGACGAAUAUGGAGAUGAAGAGGACGACGAGGAUGAGGAGGAGGAGGAGGAGGAGGAGGAGGAGGAAGACGAGGAGGAGGAUGAAGAAGAGGACGUAGACACCGAGGUGGCUGGGUCCAUCUCUGAUCUCAGUCUGGGGAGGACCGCAGCCACUGGUCACUCUCCCUGUGGAGAAUAAACAGUGGAAGGGCAUUGGUUUGGUUUGCUUGGCAGUGGUUUUCAGCAUUUUAAACCCAGAUGUCAUAAACACUGUAAGAGUAGGCAAACCAUAUAACUCACAGUGGUGUCCGUAUAUGUAUGUUACCAGAAUAUAUUUUAACUCAUCAGUUAUUUUGCGUCAUGCUGUUUGGAGGACGAAGUCUUGUUCAGAAGUACUGCACUACUGCAUAGUAAGUAUCCAUUCCAAUGGAGUAGUCAGCUUUCUCAAAGUAAUCGUAGUAGAAUUCAUUCAUGGAAGUGGCAUUGUGCUACUUGUUUUAUUUGACAGGAAUGAUACCUGAUUAAGGUCAGCAGCAGAUAGAAGUCUGUGUGAUGGGUCAUACUCUGUAAUCCAGCAAUUUAAAACCAGCUCACCCGAUCAGGGAACAUGACUGAAAAACAGUGUAGUCCAAAUCUGGAGUGAUAUGACUUCUGUUCAGCCACUUGUACCUAGAUUUUUUUUUUGCUAUGGGUCUA